AUGGCAAGUGAUUCGAAAUCUGCAAUAGUAGAGGAUUAUGCCCAAAGUUUGACUGAUUUAACUUUCAACUCGCGUCCAAUCAUUGAUAAUCUCACCACCAUUGCCAAAGAGAAUACCAACGUAGCAGACGGUAUUACUAAUGCAAUAACAAACAGAAUACUCAAAUGUAUCCCUGAUCACAAAUUAUUUGUGCUCUAUGUGUUGGAUUCAGUGUGUAAGAAUGUUGGAAACCCGUAUAAUAUAUUGGUGGGUGAUGAAAUAUUCAAACUCUUUUCACACGUUUAUUUGUUGGUUAACGGACAGGUGAGACAGAAACUUGUUAAUUUAUUUGAAACAUGGAAGAUUACUAAGACUAAGGGGACUAACUUGCCACUAUUUCCCAGAGAGCAGUUAGACAAGAUUUCUGCCUUUUUAACGCAGGCGCAUGCUAAGAAUUCGAAGAGAAAUGAUCAAUUGACUAAUAAGGUUUUGAUCGACGAUAUCAACACAUUGGUUCCUAUUUUCCAGAACAAACUCAUAAACAACCCCGAUCCAAGACUUACUGACAGAUUUAAUGCCUUGAAUCAAUUAAAGACAUUAUUGCAGAGCCAAACUAUGAACGUUAAUGAAUUACAGGCGGUGCAAACACAAUUACAGACCAUCAAACAACAGGAGUUAAACACCUAUAAUACACCUAUACCCACUCCAGCAGCAACCCCGGCAACAACUCCAGGGUUACCAAAUACCCCUAAGGUUCAGAAUAACAAAGCUAGGGAUAUCUUUGGCAUGCUUGUGGUAUCUGGCUUAAUUAAAGUCGAUCAAUCACUUAAACCUGGCUCCUUGCCAACAUAUGAGUUAAACUUCCCCAAACAAAAAUAUCAACCCACGGUUAAUAUUCCUAAUAAUGUAGAUUUACCUUCAAAUAGUGUAUUAGAACAGUUAUUAAUAAACUCGAAUGCAAAAUUCAAUAUUCCAAGCUCAAAUAUAGCUAGAACGGAAUAUGAACAAAUAAAAUUCAAUGAAUUAAAUAAUUUAGCCAUUGACUCAAAAGGGUUACAAAAUUUCAUAAAUGCUAACAAGAUUUCAAAUUCAACCAAAUCUUUGUUAUACGAGGCAAAGUCAUCGAAGUGUGGUACAUGCGGUAAAAGAUUUACUACAGAUGAAGCUGGUGUUAGUAAAAGAAGAUUGCAUUUGGAUUGGCAUUUCCGUAUAAAUAAGAAGAUGGCCACAUCAAGCGUGCAAUCAAGAGUAUGGUAUUUGGAUGACUACGACUGGGUCAAAUUCAGAGAUGAAAACUUGUUAGAAUACUCAACUACAUCAAAUACAGAGUCUUUACAGACCAGCAUCAUGAACAAUUCCAAUGUGACCAAAGCUGAAACACCUUACGUUACAAUUCCAUCAAAUGAAACAAAUAUGAAUAAUAAGUGUCUUAUUUGUCGUGAUCAAAUAAAAGCUACAUAUAACGAUGACCUUGGGGAAUGGUGUUGGUUCAACUGUAUCAGAGCUCCAGGUGAAGGGAAAAAUAGCCGUAAAAUCUGUCAUGCUACAUGCUUCAACGAAGCAAAUAAAAAGAGAGGUGCAGUGGAUGAGUUGAAUACAAAGGUAAAGCGAGAAAAGUUCUAA